GUGUCAGAGGUGUUUACGUCCAGCUGGGGUGGAGGGUCUGGCCAGUGUCUAGCUCUACUGUAGCUGUGUUUUUAUUGCUGUGUGUGGGCGUGUGGCCGCGGCUGUUGGGAUAAUGACCAUGGGAGACCACGCCCCUAAUGCGCCCGUGGCUUCACUCGUCUUUCCGGUCUUAAUUCGCCCAAUAUUGGCGCAGGUGGAGCGUGAAAAUGUAGCAUCAAGUCAGACUCUCCGUGCUGCACUGAGUAAGGUGGAGGCUGCACAUCCGGGGUUCACCUAUGAAAUGGUCAUGGGUCUAGUUCGUAAAGCAGACCUCAGUGUCAACAUGAAUGAGUCUAUCCUCAGAUUACAGGGUUCUGUAAAUGAAUCAGAGUCUGGUGACUACAGAGUAACUCGUACUGAAGAUGCUUUCCAAGAACUAAAUAAAAAAUCGGCAAACCUCAAGCGUAUUCUGUCUCGCAUCCCAGAUGAGAUAACUGACAGGAAGACCUUCUUAGAAACUAUCAAAGAAAUUGCCAGUGCAAUCAAGAAACUUUUGGAUGCCGUAUCAGAAGUAUCACAGUACAUACCAGGCUCACAGGGUAAACAGGCGCUGGAGCAUCGUAAACGUGACUUUGUAAAGCACAGUAAGAAGUUCAGCAACACUCUCAAGGAGUACUUCAAAGAGGGACAGGCCAAUGCUGUGUUUUUGAGUGCCACAUACCUCAUCCACCAGACCAACCUCAUCAUGCUGACCGUCAAGGAUAAGUGUGAAUGAGUAUCAUACUGUGUGAGGAUAAGUAAGAGGGAUGCAAGAUGUAGUCACUGUGGUGCUUGAAGCUUGCUGCAAACCCUCCUGGAGGUAUUUGAUCUGUCCCUCACAGUGUAGGAAUUCCUGUAGUGUUGGGCAGGUCAUUUAAGGAGUCAGGUUGAGAUAAUUCAGAGAGCAGAGGUGAAGUUGGAUGGCUUGGUGUGGGGUGUUUAUGCAUAUGAUGGGGUAAUGAUUAUCAAGAUUGUGUGUAAGGUGGGAUUGCCGAGUGAUUUUUACUGAUGAUGAAAUCUACGUACAUAUUUUUUUGUGUAUUGGGCAUCGUGUUUUGAUGAUGGCUAACUGUAUAGGGAAAUAAUGAGGUAAUCAGUUAGCCAAAAUAGCGUAGCUUUGGGGCAAUAGGUGACGAUGUAGGUUGAGGCUAUAGCACCUUUCACAUUGGAUUUUAGCCAUAUGUGCAGCAGUCAUAGUAGACUUCUUCAUGUCUGCUUUUGGUAAUGUAAAUUAAGAUAAAUAUUUAUUCUUAUGCUGAAUGGUAUAGGACCAUACAAGUGUUUUAUAAUGUGCAUAUUGUGUACAUACCGUCUCUUGUUGAUUUACUUGAAGCCUGCAAUGGGCAGUACCUGGGUGGCCAAAUCUGGCACUGUUUACUCCAAUACUUAGUGAGUUUUCACAAAGUUUUGAGCUCACGUGGUUAAUGAAGUAUGGAGGAUAUCAUAUACAGUACAGGUAUUGUCGGUGUUUCUUGAAGCAUCCUGUUUGGGCUCUACUUAUUCUUGGUAUUAAUUGUUGAUAUAUGUAUAUUUCCUCACAACCAUAAAGUAUGAUAUCAGUAUUUAUCUUUAUUUUUGCCCCAUUCACCUCAAGGAAAUAGCUGCUAACAUCUUAGCACUGAAAAAUAAAUAACAGCUUGGUCAUGAACAAAAUCACAUGUGAUCACAGACAUACCCAGGAAGAAAGCUUCUCUUACAAAUAAUGUAAUCAAUUUGGUGUAAUCAGAGAAGUACACUGUCUGUUUGGAAAGAGUUAGGUCAUUGAGAAAUAUUUUUUGCUUCCAAAAGAAAAAGCAUAAUUCAAACCUAUACAGUACUGCAUACUGUACCAUAUUGUGUAUGGGAGAUGUGUGGAGAUUUGUCAGUGGAUAAAUUUUUUAUUCUGCUUGAACAUGUUGAAAGUUAUCUGGUAACAUAAAGCAUUUUCAACAUCACUGUUUGUGUACAUACAGCUUGUUUCUAAGUUAGAAGUAAAUCUUAGUAAAUGUAAUUUUUGAAUUUGUGAGAAUUUUUUUUUAAUUUUUGAGCAUUUAAGUAUAAUUCUCUGUAAUUUUUGAUCAUGUAAAUAUAAUUUUAUGUAGUUCUUUGAAUUUACAAGUAACAUUUUAUGUUAUUUAUAAAUUCUAUGAGUUAGGUGUUAUUCUUUCUCUCCAAAAAAUGGUAAGAUACAUUUAAAUAAGGACAUAUAGAAUGCUAGAUUUAGUAUGGGAAAAGGAAGGAAGAUGGAUUGUUGUAUAGUUCCUAAAGAGAGGCAUAUUUCUGGAUCUCUGGGGAGGAUACUGAAGAGGAUACUGUUGUAGUGCAACUCAUUAAUUUAUGCAAGUGAGACACUCCCAAUGAAUGUCUGUAUUAGAGAUAAUGACCACAGAAGUAUUGGUAACACUUUAGGAUAAAAGGAGAAUAACAUAUAGACUGUGUGAGACAGGGCCUUAUAGGGUGUUUUUAUGUACAGUACAGGGAUCAUGGGGAGUGUCACAGAUUCUGCAUAACCCUCUGGCAAAAGGGUAUAGCAUCGGUCCUAAGAUGAUGCUGUAUAGUCUGUUUAUAUCUUCAUUAGAUAUUAAAAAAACAUAGAUAUAUUUUAGAAUUAUGUAAAUGUUAAAGCAUGGGUUCUUAAAGAAAUAUUGGAUAUUUCUCAGAGGGAAUGUUUGACCAUACAAGACACACACAAAACACAAAUAUAACAGAAUUACCACUCCAUGUAAAUGCUUAUACAGUACUGUAUACAAAUUAACAUGUACUGUAGUUUGACAUACAGUGUACAGUACUGUAUUUAGAAAGUUUUCCCAUAUGUUGAUCUCACAGUUCAUGCAGAUUGAUGUAUAGCAGUGAACUUAAACAAGAAUACAGAUGAAACAAACUGUAUCUGUUAAAACAUUGGAGCUAUAGGAUUUAUAUACAAUUUUUGUAUGUAGAGGUGAGGAUAAGAAACUGUCUGUAAUGAAAAUAAUUACUGAAAAUAUAUUGGACCUGUAGAGAGACAAACUGUGGGACCCAUUGUGAGGGUAUGACAAGUUUACAGGAUACAUACUGUAUAUAUUGUAUGACACUAUUAAGUCAAACUUUCAGCUUGACUUUACCUAUUGAAGUUGUAGUGUUAUUCAGAUAUCCUCAAUUAGCAGGAGUUUAAGGAUUUAUUCAAUUAAUUUGGUUAUUUCAGCCAUUUUUGCAUACACAGUUAAGUAAAAUACUGUAUGUAUCACUAGCACUCACAAUAUGAUAGGAUAAUGACACAUAUAUGUGUAUUUUUAAAUGUUAACAUGAAUGACUAAGAUUUUGGCAAGUAGAUACAACAGUUAAGUUUUGACAUGAAUGGUAAGUGUUUGUGUUAUCAAAUGUUACCAAGUUAUCACACACUUCUCUCAAGUCUUUUUUGCCUGUUAGUUAAAUUUUCAAAAGGUAAAAGAAUUAUUGUUAACAGCAUUUAACAUUACAGCAUUUUGUAUACCUAAUAAGUAAAAUUCUCAAGUUUGUCACUUUAUUAGACCAAAAAUAAUGAUUUAGUGCACACAUACUUUCUUGUGAUCUUUUAUAUAGCCCACAGUUCAAGGAAAUCUUUUUUAAGUGAUGUAUAAAUUGUUAGAGCAAGGAGAAAAUCAUGUUAUGUAUAUUUAAAGAGAACAUUUCUAUAUUUUUUAACUUUGGAUCGGUAAAAAUUCCAUGUUUAUAGUAUAAUAUUUAUUUUUAACUAAUGUUUGAUAAAAUAUUGAAAAUAUUUCAGAAUGGCAGUUGAUACUUAUUGUUGGUUUUAUUUAACAGAUAUUUCAUAAUUUACUUGACUUUUUAGCUAGAAUAAUAAUUUCUAAGAAUUCACUAAAAGAAACCUAUUUUUACAACAAUCAGAUAUUGUUGAUAAUAAUCUUAAGUAAGAAGUGCCCCAGUCUGUGAAUGUGGAGGUAUAAAAGGGUUCAAAGUACUGUAGGUGGGAACAGAAUCUAGGGACUAAAGAAAGAGGGAGACAUGCAACAAAAGUAGAUUUUUGUGGAUGCACUUUUUUGGUUACAUUUAGUUAGAGUAAAAUGCAAUUUUUCGAUAAGGUACGGAUAGGAAUGGGCUAUUUUAGAAAAUGACCAAAUGAUGAUGCCUUUUAGGUGUACGUCAUGAUUAUCAAAUACUGCAUACAAAGUUCAGAGAGAAAAAUAGGCACCUCGGUAUACUAAAGGGGCAGUACAUGUUGACCCAGCCCUCAGAAGCAAGUGAUGCUUCUUGUAAUUGUUGAUAGUCACUGGUGGAAGAAAAAUGUAAGUUCAAGCAGAGAGCUGGCAAACAUGUGCCAGGUAUGAGUCUCUUGACAUUUUUUGGUAAGAUAAGAGAGAAUCUUUCGUUGGGGCUUGUAGACAUUGGUCAUAUCUUUUGUUUGGACAGUUAUUGAGGUAAUGAGUGAACCAACAUAGGCUAUACGUAUAUAAUUUUCUUAUCCCCCAAGAGAAUCAUAUUACUGUACUUAUGGAGGUAAAGCUUAACGUGACCAGUUUGGAUUACCUUGCUUGAAGACCAAACAAAUCUUAGUAAUCUAUCAGGCAUCAUAGUUUAUACACAAUGGAGUGUUGAUUGAGAGUCUCAAGUGAACACAGGCCUAGUUAUGAGUUAUAAUUGGAGGAAAGUUUAUCCUUUAUCAGGUUUUGUUUGUUUAGUUGUGGUGGUCUGAAGGUUAGUGAAAACAACUUUUUUUUAUAAUUUUUUUCCUUUUGCACAUAUAGUACACUAAUGCAUGCUCCUUUUUAUCAGAUGUGUGGCAUUCAUCCACUUUAUUUCACUGUUUGUAAAUGUUUUGUUUUAAUGUUAAUGAAGGUGGCUCUUAUCAUCACACAGUCUAAUGAAUAUUUGUGUGUAUGUCACCAAAAUGUCUUAAAAGUUAACUGGAUAACUUCGGUGAACCUCCAUGUGCUCACAGGGUAUUUGCUGAGGACAAAUUGCUUGAUGCAAAUAUUUUUUUUUUACAUUCUGUUUACUAUACAGUACAGUCUCUCCUCGACAUAUGACAUAUUCGACUUAAGACAACCCGGACAUACGACGGCCAUGGUCGUAUAAAAUAUUUUUCACACCCAUUUUAGAAUUUGUAGUAUUAUUUUCACCUUUUCGACUUAUGACCUGGUCGUUGGAACAGAACCUCGUCGUAAGUCGAGGAGAGACUGUUUACAUUUUUGAAUAGGUUAAUGAAAGUGAUUUAUAUUGAAUUCUCUUGCCAUAUAUAUAGUAUGAUUCUCUCGCCUUGUCCCCACUGUAAAGUAGCAGAAUGUUGCAAUAGUGUCACUGCUUUUCCCAGACAAAAAAUACAGAGGUCCUGAUACAAGUUUUAAGAUAAAAAAAGUGAAAGAGAUAUUGAGUCAUAGGUUGUAGGUGCAGCUGCCAAUAGAUAACAGAGACUUUUGAGAUAUAAUUUUUCCUUUUGAUGACCUUAUACUGUUUCUCAGCUAUGCUUCUACAGCCACAUAUUUUAGCCAGCACAAUGUUGAUCAAGGCUUCAGGUAUUUUGAUGAUGAUCUAUAAUGUGUUACAGUGUGUACAUAACAUAAGUAAUAUUGCUUGAAAUGAAAAAAAAAAUGACCGCUUUUGUGAACCCAUGAAAGUUGAACUCUGCACUUAACACUUUUGAAACUACUGUAAUAGUAAUUCACUGAGACCAUUUUUCCUUUAAAUAUUAACUUAUCUAUUGCUGACUUUUUGUUUCUGGGCAUGUGAAGCAGCAGUGGUGAUGGAGAGAUAGUUAUGGAAGUUGUGCAUAUUUUAUUGUCUUUGGUAAAUUCUUUAUACACCCCAAGAAGAGGGGUGGGUUGGGGGUGUAAUGAUAGUUACGGUUUUUUCCUGCCUUGGAUACGUAUAUCCUGUAUUUUUGAACAUUACAUUUUUCUCUUGGGCAUAUCCCAGAAACAGCUUGACUGAUUAUAAUGCAAUUUUGAUGUAUGAUACAAGUUAUGAGAGAAUGUGCAGACAACCAAAUUCAAGUCUAAGUCAAAGGUCAUAAUUUAAAAACCUUGUUCAUAUUAUAAUUCAUGUAUUGGUAUACGUACAUAUUUUCCGGAAACUCCGAGGAGUAUGUAUCAUCAGUUGGCUGAGUGUACAGAAUCAAAUGUGUCAAAGAUCAGAGUGUUGUGUGAAGCAUAACUCUGGUAUUUAUACAGAUAUUUUAGCAAGACUUCACUAGACAAAAUGCUGAUUAUUAAAUUUAUUCUUGGUGUCACAGUUCAAGGGUCACUGUAAGGUCAGGAAUUAGUUUGGAGUGUAACACUUGUAUUUGAUGGAGAUAUUUUGAUGAAACUUCAGAGUAACUAUUCUAUCAGUAGAUUAAGUGAAGAACACAAAAUCCAAUUGGAAGCCAAAGAUCAAGGCUACUGUAUAAUCUAAUAGUCUAAACUUUGUUCAGGUAAUAAGUUACAGUUUAGUGAUGCAAAUAUUUUGAUGAAAACAAAUAAUUUGAUGAAACUGUACAGGAGUUCAUUAUAUAUGAUCGCUAGUUAAAAUGUAAAGCAUCAGAUUAAAGUCUCAAACACAAGAUAAGGUAACAGGAAGGUCGAAAUUCAAAACCAUGUCUUGAGGAUAACAUGUAAAAACAUAUUUUGCUGAAACUUAACAUAACAUGUAUAAUGGGAGAUAAUGUGCAGAACAUCAUACAGGGUAUUUCAAAGAUUAAGUGUAAGGGUGGUAAAAGGUUGAAGCCUCAUGUAGAACAUAACUUUUGUGCCCUCAGAUAUACUGUACUGUACUGUAGUUUGAUGACGAUACAGGAGAAUGUUUACUGUCAGUAGACAAUGUGUGCAACACUACUGUAUAUUAAUUUUAUGUGUCUUAAAUUCAAGGUCAGAGCUAAAGGACUACAUUAAUGCCAUUCUUUGCACCUUUUCAUUGGAAAAAACUUAUGAAAAUCGGGAAGUUUAUUGUUACGUACUGCGUUGUCUGUCCGUCCGUCCAUGUGUGUUUACUUCCGUCCUUCACACUUUUUGUUUGGGUUAUAACUUUAGAACUUUUCAAAACAACCCCAUGAAACUCUUUACAAUUAUUAAGGGACAUGAGAUGAUAUGUAAUGAACAAUUCUCAAAUCCCUAUCUUGAAGUUCAAGGUCAUAGGAAGGUUACAGGUCAAACUUCAGGGGGCAUCCAUCAAAUUUUAGCAAUUGUUUGGGUAAGAAAAUCUGAAGUUAGGUCUAUUUGUUUGGACGGUAUUGGAAGAUUUAAAACUUUAAGGUAUUGUUGAGAAGAUAAUGUAAGAAAGGGUUGUACAAACACUCCAUUCUGACUCUAAAAGAAAAACAAAUAACAAUAGCUACUGAAAUUAUAAAAUUGUGAAUGAAGCUAAUUGUUGGGAAUUGUUGGGAUGAAAAGAACAAAGGUAGUAAUGUUGGGGUAUAUGGGUUGAGUAAUGCAUUACGGUACUGUGAAACAGAAAUGAGCAAGAGUAAAAUGUUGAAGUUGUAGGUAAUGUCAACACAUUCAUUGAUAGAAUAUUGUUUGACAUAGUUUGUAUAACUUCUGUAGAUGAACUAAAAAGAUAUUGGAUAUGGGUGUGAUUGAGGGAGAACAUUGUUGAAGUGGGUAUGGAUGAAGGAAUUAAUUAUUGCAGAGAUAUCUAAGUUUGAAGAAAGUUGUUCUUCCUGGAAAAUUACUUGAGUUACAAUGGAGAUGUAAAGGAUAAUAGAAGACGUAAAAUUUACUAUUGUCUGUAUUCAUUUGUGAGUGCAAUAACUUAAUGUAAUGUAUCUUCAUUUUUCCAUUCCUAUAUUGGUGAGUCUUUCCCUGACCAAAUUAAUAGUUGUCCUAAGAAGGUUGUGUAUUUUGAAGACCUUUUCUGUACUGUACAUGCAUUUAUAGGGAUUGUAGCAUAGAACUUGAUUCAUAUUCUGUGAUACAUGUUGGAGUCAUCAUUCACAAUUGAUAGGUAAUGAUAUUGAAGGCAUCUCCCAGUUAGUUUGGGAUGAAUUUAGAUUACUGAUACUGUAAUAUGAAUUGCACUUUUUCUUAGCUGCCAGACUUUAUGGUGACUGACGGUAUCACCGUUUAUCUGUACUAAUAACAUGAUAUCAUUAAUGGAAUAAUUUAAAGCAUAGUAUUAUUUUCACUUGAGCUUUUGUCUAGUCUCUAUCUGGAUAUUGGUGUUAUGAAAACAAGGUCUUUGAAGUUUUCUAAUUUAGUUAAUUGAUAUGAAUCUAAUGUGUUAAAAAAUUAAUGACAGAAAAAGAGGUUCAUUGAAUUGUACGGUUGAUUCUAAAAUUCCCUCAAUCCUUGGGCAACAUCUGGCAUGUACGGUACUUAAGGCUCAUGUAUGUGAUGUCGGUCGGGAGUUUAACAUUAAGACUGAUUUUUCUUUGUACUGUAUUACAGUAUGUUGUUCCGACAUGUUUUACAAUGAAUAGGAACAUUGACCAGCUAUAAACUGAUGACACACAAUCCACAAGUAGAUCUCAGAUACUGUCAAGUGUUGAGGGACUAUUGGAAGUGACUGUACAUAUUGUGCUGGAACUUUCCUCACAAAGAUCAAAGAACUACAACAGAAGAGUCCUGGAAUUACAAUGGCUAUUUUGUCAGUGCCCAUCAAAUUGUACUGCUGAGGUUAGAAAUAACAGACAAAUAUUUCCUUAAGAAUUAUUUAUGAACUAGAGAAAUAGAUUCAUGAUACGUAGCUGUUGUGUGACAUGUUUACUCUUAAGUCUUCUUGUCCUCCUGCGACAUGCAAUUUAUUGUUUUUUAAUGUGUAGAACUCAACUCUUACUGAUUACUGGUGUAAUAUUUCAUAUGUUGUCACUGUUAAUCUCUGAAGAUGGAUUAUGAUACACUAUGGAUUAAUUUUUGUAUUGACUUCUGUUCACCAGAUGUGGGAAGUGGCUUAAUAGGUGUACAUUUACUUUAAUACAAGUUUUGAAUGUUCUUUAUGGUAAUACCAUAAAUGUAUUUUUUGUUUUUGUUUUUGGAUGGUAGUCGUAGACCAAGAGAGAAAUUAGAUAUUGAGUUGAAUUUCUAUGAGAGAAAUGUGAUGGUGUAUGUUACAGUAGUUAUGAUAUCAUGUUUAAAUGUUACCAAGAAGUAAGGUGAGCAUUCUGUGAUGAUUCAGCCACAACAUUGUCUAUUGUUAUUGGAAACAUUGUGAGACUGUGGCUGCUUUUGGUGAUGUUUAGUACCUGCCCUAAUAUCUUCAUAUGAUUUAAGUCUUUUUUGGUCUGUGUAUUGUCAAUGGCAGAACUAGCUAUACUAAAAUGUCAUGUUGACAUUAUUAUACAUGAGUAAUCAGAUGAGUCAUGACUGAUCCUUUGUUGUGUAAGUACCUGUGAGGGUGGACCCAAAGACGGUGUUGCAUGUGAGAGAUCCUGCAUAGUAAACUGUAUUCAACAACCCAUAUUAAAUGAUAACAGGGGUUACUUCAUAGAUAGGAAAAUAUGGCAUCCUGUUAAGUUGGAUUUGCACUGUGAGUGACUCUUAAAACUUUGACUUCUCCAGCAACAUUAAUUAGUGAUGUCAGACUGGGAACUGUGCUGUACUUUGCCUUCUUCCCUUGGGGAUAUACUAUGUAAGCCAAUAAAGGUGUAAUUGAUUUUUAAUGGUAACAGAGUAUGUUAAGGGUUGUACUUGCUGAACAAUGCUGCUCAGGUGUAGAGUAAGCUAUUGAGACAUGAUCACUGUUUUGUUUGAUAACAAUGUUCGACAAGAUGUGAUCUCUAUUUUGCUUGACAAAGUUCUUCAGGUACAAAGAAAGUAAUGAAAGACUUUUAAUAAAUAUUUUGUUGUAUAAUGCUAUUGAGGAAGAUUUGCGAUCACUAUUUUGCUUGUCGAUGCUUUUGUGCCACCAAGGCAACCAUGGAUAAUAUAGUCACUAUUUUGAUUGAUACUGCUUUUGGGUGUAAGGAGCCGCCAUGGAAGACUUAUGAAGAGCUCUGAUUGAUAAUACUAUUCAAGUGUAGGUAAUUCAUGACAAGUUAAAUCUUUAUUUCCAAGUUUUUCCUCAUGAAAAAUCAAAGAGAUGUUCAAAGAUAAUAAAUUCCAGAAAUAGAACACAUGCUUUGUCAGUAUUUUAAUAUUACUAUUUUGUCACAUUGACUCAUUCACUGGGUCAGGAAUAUUCUGUAUCUUUUUAUGUAUAUAGAUGAAACUGACCAAUAAAAGAAUCAUUGCC